AUGGCCAGGCUAUUAUUAUUUUCCCUCCCAGGUCUUGUGGCCAUAUGUGCCGUGCAUGGAAUAUUUAUGGACAGACUUGCUUCCAAGAAACUGUGUGCAGAUGACGAGUGCGUGUACACUAUUUCUCUGGCCCAAGCUCGAGAAGAUUACAAUGCCCCAGACUGCAGGUUCAUUAAUGUUAAAAAAGGACAGCAGAUUUACAUUUACUCAAAGCUGGUGCAAGAAAAUGGAGCUGGAGAAUUCUGGGCUGGCAGUGUUUAUGGAGAUGACCAUAAGGAUGAGAUGGGCACCCUGGGCUAUUUCCCCAGCAGCUUGGUCGAGGAGCAACACGUGUACCAAGAAGCCACCAAGGAAGUCCCCACCACGGAUAUUGACUUCUUCUGUGAGUAAGAAAUUAGACCUGCAAAUAAAAAGGAAACACCAAAAAAUAUAAACAGUG